GCAUUCUUGACGAUCGUGUUGAGCUCUCAUCGAGGGCCGCUCUCCGCCGAUGCACGCAUUCCGUGCUCUCGGAUAGUCGCGUCUUUAUGGCCUAAUUUUUGCUGCAUCGUUUUUUCGGUGAUUGAGAAAGCUUCGUGAGAUUUUAUAUAAUCUUUGAACGAUCGUUUGAGCGAACGCGAAAAAUGUUGCGAAUAGUCUCAUAAAGUUCGUAUUAUAGAGACCAAAAGAAACAUACACCGCACGAACAAAAAAAAAAACAAAAACAAAUAUAAUCAGUGUUGUGGAGAAACGGGAUUAUUAUUGGAGUUUUUGUUGGGCGCACACACGCGCGCCGUGGACCGAGACAGAAGUGUGUGUUUGCAUGUCGCGUGCACGAGUGCAACAGAGAGACUAAUUAACAUGUGUGUCGGAGAUGAAUUACUACGAUUUGCUCAAUAGUUAACGGACGAAAAACAAAGUGACAAGGAAACGAAUAAAAAAUACGAGUUUUUUUUCAUCGCGCAAAUGUGACAUGGUUGCGAUGUCGUGUUUCCCUUUAAUGACGUUUAUCGGCGUCGGAUUGUUAGGACAAGCUAUCGGGCACGAUGUCAAAGGUUCAGCAUUUUGUGAAUUCUAUAACGAGACAAUGUGUACGGAAUCUCAACAAGGCUGUCCAGAAAGAGAAGAGUGCAUACCUCACGAUCCAGACAAAAGAAACCAUUGCUACGUUCUCUGGCAAUUUGACAACACUAACAAAAAAUCUACAAUAAAAUUGAAGGGAUGUUUUUUAGACAAUAAAGAAUGUUAUGACAAGCCUCGAUGUGUUGAGAAAAAUGCAGACAGAAAAAAGAAACUAUUUUACUGUUGCUGCGACGGUAACAUGUGUAACCAAAAUUUUACUUGGGAUCCUCAGCCGACAGAAAAACCGCACACAGAACAGCCAAAAGCUGUACCAAACGAAGAGCAACAACUUCUUACACUGGUCUUGUCCAUUUCAAUUCCCAUGCUCGUACUCGUAAUCGUUCUUUCAUCAUUGUAUUGGUGUCUCAAACGCCGGAAGUUGGGAUAUUUCAACGAGGUUCCCACAUUGGAGCCAUGUCCGUUGCCCCAGCCGUCGCCGAAUUUAGGACUGCGACCGAUUCAAUUAAUGGAGAUAAAAGCGAGAGGGCGUUUCGGCGCCGUAUGGAAAGCUCAGUUGCGAAACGAUGUUAUCGCAGUAAAAGUCUUUCCCGUACAGGACAAACCAUCUUGGCAAACGGAGCAAGAGAUUUUCAAGCUUGCUCACAUGGAUCAUCAGGACAUUUUGAGGUUUAUCGGUGUGGAAAAAAGAGGGGACAAUUUACAGACAGAGUUUUGGCUGAUCACGGCAUAUCACGAGAAAGGAUCGCUCUGCGACUAUUUAAAAGCAAAUGUUGUCUCGUGGCCGGAAAUGUGUCGUAUCGCUGAAUCAAUGGCACGUGGUUUGAUGCAUCUUCAUGAGGAAAUACCACCGAAUAAAGUCGAAGGUUACAAGCCUGCGGUCGCUCACCGGGAUUUCAAGUCAAAAAAUGUUCUCCUCAAGUCCGACAUGAGCGCUUGCAUCGCCGAUUUUGGCCUUGCCCUUAUUUUUCACCCCGGAAAACCUUGCGGGGACACACAUGGUCAGGUGGGGACACGAAGAUAUAUGGCACCGGAGGUACUUGAAGGUGCGAUAAACUUCACUCGAGACUCGUUUCUUCGCAUUGAUAUGUAUGCAUGCGGUCUCGUACUUUGGGAAUUGGCGUCCCGAUGUACAGUUCAAGAUGGGCCCAUAAGUGAGUACAGAUUACCAUUCGAGGAAGAAGUAGGGCUUCAUCCGACGUUGGAAGAUAUGCAAGAGAGCGUUGUGCAUAAAAAAGAGCGGCCACUGAUACAAGAAACGUGGCGGAAACACCCGGGUCUACUGUCGAUUUGUGACACAAUGGAGGAGUGCUGGGACCACGACGCGGAAGCCCGUUUAUCGGCUUCGUGCGUUAUGGAAAGAGUCGCGACGUUGAGCCGAACGCUUAUAAUAAACAAUUCGUCAACGUUGAUACGAGUUGACAAUACCAACGAGUGCAUCACGACCAAGGAAUCUAGCAUGUAGGGUAGCCUCAUUGUAUUAUAGUGUUUAUUUUCAACUGCACAAUCCAACCACUACUUUUCAUGUACCAUACUUUUUUCCGUUCGUAUAAACAAAUACCUCACAAAUACGAAAAGGAGAAAAAAAGACAAAGAAAGGAGGGAAAACCUGCGAUGAAAGUCGUUGGGAUUGUAGAUAAAUAUCCACUUUGAAUUACUUUUCCUGCCAGAAGCUCGCUCGGUUAUCACGGUUUUCAAUUUGACACUUUGUCGUCAAACUCUUUACCGUUUCUUGCUCAAUCAUUAACUUUAUAACUCUGAUAAAUUUAUCCCUCAUUUGUACGAUCAUAUUUAAUUUUUUUAUCUCAUCUUUAUUUCAAUUUAGUCAUUAAUUUCACACGUACAUAGAUGUGUGUUUAUAUAGGAAAAGAGAAUGAGAUUUUCGUAAACGAACAAACGCCGACGAACAAUGGACAUUAGAUAAACUGGCUCCUCCCUUUAUUUUCAUAAAUUACUAUUAUUUCCGUUUUUUUUCUUCUAUUCGCAUCAUGGCCCUCGUUACGUAAUUAGUUGUACAGUUUCAGAUGAUUCGACAACGUAUCUCAGUAGAUCAUACGAUUUUUUUUACAUAUAUAUUUUAAGCCAACCCGAGUACGUGAUAAUGGUGCAAUUAUCGUUGUUACGAUGAGGUGGAAAAGUCUCGAAAAAACAAUUUUUCGUGCUCAACUGAAAAAAAAAUUAUUCUCAGCUCAGAUUAUUUGAGAUUAGCGAAAAAUUCCAAUUUUUUGUUAACGAAAAUAAUCUGCUGAGUUAAUUGUGUCUCGUGCAAUUGUUUUCAUUCUAUUAUUCUUUUAGCAAUGUUGACAAGUAAGGGUUAGUGGAUUGUGAAAAAUUUUUAGCUGACUCCGCUCAAGUCGAUCAACAAUAUUUUCCUAUUUUCGAGAUAAUUUGAAGAAUUCAAAAUAUGAAAGCAUUUUCCAGUUUUUGAUAAUUCCAGAUUAGUUCGAAAGUCCUUAAUAAUUAUAUGUCAAGUUUCUAAGAAUCAAGAUCAUACUCGAAUGGAAAAUAGUCCUAAAUCGAAGUAUGAAAAUUCAUGAAAAUUUUCUCGUAUCGACAGUGAAAUACUUUUGUACGAUACGCUAUUCGAAUGAAAUGUAUAGGUUGAUCUAUCCUCAUUUUCAAAAUAUCAAAUUUGUACAGUGCGAAUUUUUACUCGAUCCAAGAGGAAAAACGAAUUAUUGUAUAGAAUUGUUAUAAGUAUAUUUUAAUUCAUUGGUUAAUUGGGUUCGACAGUGCCAAAUAAUCUCACAUUUUAUAAUAUAUCCAUAAACAGGCUUAUAUAUGAAUAUAAAUAAAUAUAUUUACAUUUAUGUUGAUAUACAUACGUUCAUGAAUACGUGAAUUCAUAAAACGCGCUUUUUAAUCAACUGUACAUUCAUUGAUGCGCAAUGGAUUAAUGAGUUCUAACAAGAAAAGUAAGUGCGAAAGAAAAGUAGGACUCGAAUGGGGGGAAAAACCAACAAAUUACGAAAGAUUUGAGUGAUUUUUCUGCUGACAUAUCUCCAGGAAGGUAAAUCCAUUCCCGGACAUCUUUCGCAUUUUUGUCGUGUGUGCGUGUGUAUAAGAGUGUAUGUAUGUACGAUAAUGAAGAAAAAAAAUAUUGUUAAACCACCUGGAUUUCUAAAGAUGAAAGACUUCAUCGAGUUGUAAAUAAUACAGGGUUUUUUAUAUAAUAUAUAUAUAUAUCUAUAUAUAUAAAUACUUAUACAUAUACUUUA